GUUGGUAGUAGACGUUCAAGAUGAUUUCCAACGUGAGAUGUUCAACAGAGAUUGAUAAAUACAAAGUAAACUACAAGCUCACUACACUCGAUAAGAGUAUCAUGGUUUGGAUUCACGCGAGUUUACCUUCUGAUGCUUUAUCUGUCAAGUUAGGUAAAGAUUGGGCUGUAGCUACACCACCGAAUGAAUAUAUCCCAUGCGUAUCUACAAAUUUAUUACGGUCGAGCAACUUGAAUGAUAUGGCAGCUUCGAUAAGCAGGCGAUUUGCCACGAGAUUUAAAGAACAGGUUUACGUCAGUUUAGACUUAUCAAGCAGCCUUCUUCCUUCAUCACAAUACAGAAACCCUAAUGCUGACAGCGUUAUGCUGGAAAUAGAAAAGAGGUUAAUACAAUUAGUAAAAGACAAUCGAUAAAUCACUUUUUUUGCUUCUUUUGGCUUGGUUUCUCGACAACACCAAACUUGGCUUCUCUCUUCUUUCUCUUCUCCUCUUCUUCCGGAUCAAGUGCUGGUGCUUGUGUACUCUUUGUCGCAUUCGUGCUGUUAGCAGUGCCGAACCUGGCUGCUCUAGCUUCUAUCUUGGCUUUCUCUUCAAGUUUUUUCUGCUGCUUCUCAAAUUGUUCUGUGGUCUGUCCGAAUCUCUCUGCACGUGCUUUCUUCUUCUCCCAUUCGGCGUCUUUGUUUGUAUCACUUGGUUUUUCUUGCUCUACUUGUUUGCUCUCCUGUUUACUCUCUGUCGUGGCAACUGGUGCAGCCUCCUCCUUCUUCUCCUCAACUGUAUUUUCCUUGGUUUCCUCCGCGUUGUCCUCUUUUGGUUGAGCAGAUUCAUUCUGUAAUAUCCUCUGUAUCAAUUCCUCUUUCUUACCAACUACAGGUAGAUUAGCUUUCUGAAGGAGUUC